CUUCUAAUGGCGCAUGCUGCUGUAAUGGACAUCUGGGAAAGUAGAUUCGAUUUACCGCACCUACUAGGAUAUUAAUUGUCUAGACAGGUUACCUCAGGUAGCAUGCAUACUUGGCACAUACCUUGGGUAACUUACCUACAUGGAACCACCUUACCUUACCGAAGAUAGCUUUUACCAUUUCUCGUCCUGAUACCUGCUACGUAUCUUGCCUACCUGUCUGUCGAUCCGUCUGCCUACCCGAGCUCUUUAUUUUAUUUUAUUUUGAAUCUCGCUGGGAAUAAACGGCUGAAUAUGGGCGUCGGUCGAGUGCUCGUGGUUGCCGGCUCAGAUAGCUCGGGCGGAGCGGGUCUAGAGGCAGACCAAAAAGUCAUCGCAGCUCAUGGCUGCUAUGCCAUGACGGCCACCACCGCUCUCACGGCACAGAACACGCAGGGCGUCUACGACAUCCACCAUGUGCCUGCCGACUUUGUAACGAAGCAGAUUGCCGCCUGCAUCGACGACAUCGGCGUCGAUGUGGUCAAGACCGGCAUGCUGGCUUCGGCUGCCACCAUUGACGCCGUCGCCACGGCCAUCCGUGACCACAAUGUGACGACUCUGGUCGUCGACCCAGUCGUGAUUGCAACCGCAGGAGCCCAGUUGCUGCCCUCGGCCGCACUCUGCACCCUACGCACCCAGCUGCUCCCCCAGGCAACUGUGCUGACGCCCAAUCUGCCCGAGGCUCGCCUACUCCUUGCCGACGCUGGCUACGGGCACGUCCCUUUGGAGAGCAUCGACGACCUAGAGGCUAUUGCCAACGCCGUAUACUCUCUAGGCCCAAAGUGGGUGCUCGUCAAGGGCGGCCACUGCCCCUUCCGCAAGGGUGGCGGCGUGGCCAGGACCACCGAGGAGAGGGAGCUCGUCGUCGACGUGUUAGUCGGCGAGGGCCGGACGGUCAGGAUCGAGACGCCUUACCAAGAAUCCCGGCACACACAUGGCACCGGUUGCUCUCUUGCCUCUGCAAUUGCUUCAAACCUUGCCAAUGACAUGGACGUUCCUCGUGCCGUCAAGGCCGCGUGCAGAUACGUCGAGGUUGGCAUCAAGACGGCCCCAGGCCUGGGACAUGGCAACGGGCCCCUGAAUCACUUUCACUCUAUUUAUGCAAUGCCCUUCUCACCAGGCCAUUUUGUAGACUACCUCCUCGAGCGCCCUGAUGUCGCCCCCGUGUGGGAUCGGUUUGUCAAUCACCCUUUCGUGCUGGCCAUGGGUAACGGAAGUCUGCCAACCGAGUCUUUUAGGGGAUACUUGGUUCAGGACUACCUAUAUCUUAUUCACUUUGCCCGAGCAAAUGCUCUCGCCUCGUACAAAGCUAAGAGCAUCAAGGAUAUCGCCGCGUCUGCUGCCAUAGUCACACACAUAUUCAAGGAGAUGGAGCUCCACAUCAGCUAUUGCAAGCAAUUCGGCAUAACCAAAGACGAGAUUGAGAACACGGAGGAAAAGGAGGCCUGCACCGCUUAUACCAGAUAUGUCCUUGACAUCGGGCAAUCAGAGGAUUGGUUUGCCCUCCAGGUGGCUAUAGCACCCUGCCUGCUUGGCUAUGGAGUGAUUGCCCGGCAGUUACACGAGGACACGAGGUCCAAGAGAGAGGGCAACCUAUACUGGCCCUGGAUCGAGAACUACGUGGCUGAUGACUAUCUUGAGGCUAUCAAGACUGGAUCUGGUGCGUACCGAGGAGAGAUGACGUCAUGACACACUUUGACUAAUCCAAACAACAAAGACCUCCUGGAAAGGCACGCGGCCCUCCAGAGCCCAAAACGGAUAGACGAGCUGGUCAAGAUCUUUAUCCAUGCCACCAAGGUAAGUCCUCUCGGGCCGGCUCAGAGCAGAGCAAGACGACAGCUCGUCCUCCCUCUGCCCAUUCUUUUCCUCUCUCUCUCUAUCCCGGGCCCGCUGAGGAAGCUGACAUGGAUCGACACAGAUGGAAAUCGGGUUUUGGGAGAUGUAUCCGUACAGCUCAGGCGGCUAGGUUAGGCGGGCGUCAGAUGCAGACAACCGAUAUGCAUAUUGCAGUGUGGUAUUGAUGAGAGGAUAAUGAAAGGCUCAUGUUACUACCGACACCCCCCCGGGCCGGCGGCAGUGGUGCGUACAUCAAUAAGUAAAUAUCCGAAGC